UCCAAUGCACACACCGAGCGGAGCAUAAGCUUCCUGCAGCCGCGCAGAUAAUUCGCUCAGGGAUUUACUAGAAUAUAUAAACCAACACGAUUGUUUCGGGAAUAGCACUUGAUCAUGUAUGUAUGUGAGAACAUGCGUAACUGGACUACAUUAUGGUAUUGAUACCAGAAUUGCGGAGCUAUCAAACGUCUUGACUACAGAAAAGACUUUGGAUUUUUCCCCACGGACCCUGUGAAGCGGACAUACAUUUUCCGGCGAUUCUAUAACAAGAAAUAUCAUCGGGGAUAUUUACCGAACGGUGAUUGACCGUGGUUGGGAACGGGGCAACUUCUCUUCGAUCGAUUGCCUAAUGCCGACUGGUCUAUUGGUCGGACGACUUUUGCCCGUUCCCAAUUCUCUGGCAUAAAUCCAUUGGAAACGCAUCGAACAAGGAGAGGGUUCCUAGAUUGCCCGUAGCUUCUAAUACCUCUCUCAUUCUGAUAUUUCUCUUAUUUUUACUUUUAGUUUUAUGGAGGUAUCUCUGGGUUAGGGUACUGGACGCUGUUGAACUGGGUGCGUGGACGUCGGGUUGUAUUCCCCUCUCGCCUGGGUUCAUUUUAAUGUCCGAGUUGACUGCUUUAUGACAAUGGAUUACUUGCUGGUUUUAUGCAGUCUCUUGCUGCCCGUGGCGUCAGCUGUUGAAGAAACAUUGAUGGACACCAAGUGGGCCACAACAGAACUAGCCUGGACUGCACAUCCUGAAACCGGGUGGGAGGAGGUCAGCGGCUACGACGACGCCAUGAACCCCAUCAGGACGUACCAGGUGUGCAACGUGCGCGAAGCCAACCAGAACAACUGGCUCCGCAGCGACUUCAUCCCGCGCAAGGAGGUCCUCCGCGUCUACGUGGAGAUGAAGUUCACCGUGCGCGACUGCAACAGCAUCCCCAACAUCCCCGGGUCCUGCAAGGAGACCUUCAAUCUCUUCUACUAUGAGUCGGACUCCGACUCGGCCACAGAGACAAGUCCGUUCUGGAUGGAGAAUCCCUAUGUGAAGGUGGACACCAUUGCGCCCGAUGCGAGUUUCUCCAUACUGGAGUCGGGGAGUGUGAACACAAAGGUGCGGAGCUUCGGCCCUCUGUCCAAGGCCGGCUUUUACCUGGCUUUCCAAGACCUGGGCGCUUGCAUGUCGCUGAUUUCCGUCCGGGUCUUCUACAAGAAGUGCUCAACCACCAUUGCGAACUUCGCAGUGUUCCCUGAGACGGCCACAGGGGCCGAGGCCACGUCUCUGGUCAUCGCGCCCGGGACAUGCGUGCCCAACGCCCUCGAGGUGUCUGUGCCCCUCAAACUGUACUGCAACGGGGACGGGGAGUGGAUGGUUCCGGUGGGAUCGUGCACCUGUGCGUCCGGGUUCGAGCCCGCCAUGAAGGACACCCAGUGUCAGGGUGAGUGUGACGUCAAGGACACUCAAUGCCAGGCUUGCAGCCCGGGCACGUUCAAGUCCAAGCAGGGCGAAGGUUUCUGCUCUCCCUGCCCCCCCAACAGCCGGACCAGUUCCGGCGCCGCCAGCGUUUGCGUCUGCAGAAACGGAUACUACCGCUCGGACUCGGACUCUCCCGACAGCGCUUGCACCACUGUGCCCUCGGCGCCGCGCAAUGUCAUAUCCAAUGUCAACGAGACGUCCCUGGUCCUGGAGUGGAGUGAGCCGCGCGACUCCGGCGGCCGCGAGGACAUCAUCUACAACGUCAUCUGCAAGAAGUGCCUGCCAGAGCGAGGCAUGUGCUCGCGCUGCGACGAAAACGUGAACAUCUCCCCGCGCCACCUGGGCCUGACAGAGCGACGCGUGGCGGUCCGCAACCUGCAGGCGCACACUCAGUACAGCUUCGAGAUCCAGGCGGUGAACGGCGUGUCCAAUAAGAGCCCAUACACGCCACAGUUCUCCGCCGUCAACAUCACCACCAACCAGGCUGCUCCGUCUGCAGUACCUACAGUUCACCUAAUGGCGGCGACUGCGAGCACAAUGAGUCUUUCAUGGCUGCCCCCGGAGAAGCCCAACGGAAUCAUUCUUGAUUACGAGAUAAAGUACCAUGAGAAGGACCAGGGCGAGGCCAUCGCGCACACCAUGACCGCCCAAAGGAGCUCCGCCCGCAUUGAGGGGCUGAAGGCGGGCACGUCGUACGUGGUGCAGGUCCGUGCCCGCACGGUGGCUGGCUAUGGCCGAUACAGCAGCCCGGCUGACUUCAACACCAACCUGCAAAGUGACCCUGAGAAGUCUUUUCAGGAGCAGCUGCCCCUCAUCGUGGGUUCAGCCACUGCUGGUCUGGUCUUUAUCAUCGCUGUGGUGGUCAUCGCCAUAGUCUGCCUUAGGAAACAAAGGAACGGCUCUGAAUCUGAAUACACUGAGAAGCUACAGCAGUACAAAUCCCCAAUAGUCACGCCGGGAAUGAAGGUCUAUGUCGACCCCUUCACCUACGAGGACCCCAACGAGGCCAUCCGCGAGUUUGCCAAGGAGAUCGACAUCUCCUGCGUGAAGAUCGAGGAGGUCAUCGGCGCAGGUAACCAACCAAAGCUCCUGAGCUACAGGGGGAAGACAGCUAGUCACCUCCAGACCAUACCGUUAGAGGACUUCACGCCAAGCGGGGAGUUCGGGGAGGUGUGUCGUGGCCGCCUCAAGCUGCCCGGCCGACGGGAGAUCAUUGUUGCCAUCAAGACCCUCAAGGUGGGUUACACGGACCGGCAGAGGCGGGACUUCCUGAGUGAAGCGAGCAUCAUGGGACAGUUUGACCACCCCAACAUCAUCAGACUGGAGGGCGUGGUCACCAAGAGCCGGCCAGUCAUGAUCGUUACAGAGUUUAUGGAGAACGGGGCACUGGACUCUUUCCUGAGGCUCAACGAUGGGCAGUUCACCGUGAUCCAGCUGGUGGGCAUGCUGCGUGGCAUCGCAGCGGGCAUGAAGUACCUGUCCGACAUGAACUAUGUCCACCGGGACCUGGCCGCGCGCAACAUCCUGGUCAACAGUAACCUGGUCUGCAAGGUGUCUGACUUCGGCCUGUCGCGCUUCCUGGAGGACGAUGCCACUGACCCCACCUACACCAGCUCACUGGGAGGCAAGAUUCCCAUUCGCUGGACGGCUCCGGAGGCCAUCGCUUACAGGAAGUUCACUUCGGCCAGUGACGUGUGGAGCUACGGCAUCGUCAUGUGGGAAGUGAUGUCGUACGGGGAGCGGCCGUAUUGGGACAUGAGCAACCAGGACGUUAUCAAUGCAGUGGAGCAGGAUUACCGACUGCCUCCACCCAUGGACUGCCCCACGGCCCUGCACCAACUCAUGCUCGACUGCUGGGUCAAGGAAAGGAACCUCCGGCCCAAGUUCUCCCAGAUCGUCGCAACGCUGGACAAGCUCAUCCGAAAUGCUGCCAGCCUGAAGGUGGUCACUAGCAGCACGCAGUCUUCUGGGGCGUCGCAGCCCCUGCUAGAUCGAUGCAUCCCGGACUACACCACCUUCACCACCGUAGGGGACUGGCUGGAUGCAAUCAAAAUGAGCCGCUACCGUGACAACUUCCUCAACGCCGGCUUUGCCUCCUUCGACCUGGUUGCUCAGAUGACAGCAGAAGAUCUUCUUCGGAUAGGAGUCACAUUGGCUGGCCACCAGAAGAAGAUUCUAGGCAGCAUUCAGGACAUGAGACUACAGAUGAACCAAACACUUCCUGUCCAGGUCUGAGAUGGACCAAAUAGACGGACAGACAGACAGACAGGAAGGGGAGGAACUGUGCCAGAGAGAGCCAAUGGCUUGCAGUGCCUCGGACUAGUAGUUUUUUUUCUUUUUUUCUUCUUCCUCACCAACGUUUCCUGUUUCUGUGUUACACGUUAGUCCAAAAUGUUUUCCAUUCAACAAGACUUUUAUCGGGAUUAUUUUGUAAAACAUUUUCUUUUUUUCUAAAGAGAAGAAAGAUAGUCCAUAACUUCAGUGUGCCUCACUUGGUCCAGUGUAGGGUGAUCGUUUGCAUGCGUGCGUGUGUUUUUGUGAGGUUGGCCAGGACUCAACCCCUCCACUCCACCCUGCCCUAACUCUGUGUAUCCCGAACUUGGGGCGAGUUCAGCAGGACACGACGUUCCCGACAUGUUCAGAAAGUAACGUGUUAAGUAGAGCAAGGAAUCAGUUCAUUGCAUUUGUAUCCGCAACCUGCAACAACAUUUGGCCUAAGCGUGAUCCUGAACUUUGUCUUCCUUCUGUGAAAACCCAUCUCCCUGACCCUUGACCCCAACAUCUGUCUUGACUCUACCAUAUGAUUAGGUUCACCCAGGUGGGAAACUGUAGAUGGAAGAGGAUAAACAGUUCAUAAAAAAAGGAGCAGAAAAUGCGAAUGAGGGUUCGCACAAAAAAAAAAAUAAAUAGGGUUUGGACGAUAGAGCACAAAUCCUAUCUAUUCUAGAUCCUGUUAUUAUUGUUGGUGUGUGAGUGUGUGUGUAUUAUUCCCCAUCUUCAUAUUGAAGGUGUUUUAUUAUGUACAAGGGCACACGACUGAGAAAGACGUGGAGGAUGGUAAAGUUCAGAGGGUCAAAAAGUUCAGUUGAGAGCUGCCUAACUAGGUCCAGAAGUCUUCAGCAGACUUCCUGGAAGACCUUGGGGAACGGGGCGGUUCUCAAAAUGGAUCCAUAGCUUGGGAACAUUGGUUCAUUUUGACUCCUCGACUGUGUUUUUCUUAGAGUAACAAUCACUUUUCCUUUGUGUUUAUCAGCCCUCCAUUUUGAUUUUCUGUUCCAUAACAUUUGGGAGAUUUCUGUUUCAAGAUGGCCGGUUAGAGCUAAGUACUCUUUUUGGACUCUUUGUGUGAUGGGCUUGGACGGCGGGGGUUGGGGCGGGGGUAAAAUACAAAGACCGACCGACCGGCCUUUUGUGGGUGCUUUUGUGUUUGUGCGUGACUGCGUGUGUGCGAAUGCGAGAGUGUAACAAGUUGCACACAAAUACUGUACAAUACAGCUUCAGCUACAUGGAGAAUGAACGCAUGAACUGAACAAUGACAAGGUGCAACAAUUAUAUCGGAAAACACUAUAUUCUGUGGACAACUGUUAACGUUUUUUAUUGAAAUCCAAAACGUUUGGAAAUAUAUAUGCAUCAUACGGAACCUGAAAGCAACCAUGAGAAACACAGUAACGUUGUUUUUAUUAUUACCUGGAUUUAAAAUUAAUCAGAAACUCUAGUUUUUUUUCUUGUCUUCUAUUCAAUGUAUUUAUUUCUCUGCCCACUUGGAGAAGAGGCCAUUUGAACUGUGGACUUACUCUAAAGAACAAUCAACAGGAAAUGAAAGACCCAAGAGGAUUCAGCAAAUGAAUUGAUGAUUAUAAAAAAGUGCAUAUAAAAUUCGAUAUUGUAUUUUUGUUGUUGUUCUAAACAGCCUGUACAUGUUUUGUAACAAAAAUAAGAUAAAUAACAUGAAAACAAAA